AUGCCUACCCCAGCAUCCCUCAUAACCCUCAUUGCCAUCACAUUAUCCCUCAUAUCCGCAACCAGCACCUUCUCAAUCUCAAUUAAACAAAUCGACAACAGCGGAUAUCACCAAAAAAGGAACCUCUUAAUGCUGGUCAAGAGGAAGUUCCAGCCACUAGCUGAUCCAUACGUAACUGACGACAUUGAAGCUAAAUACCUAAGAACUUCCGACUAUAAGUGUGUCCUCAAAAAACUGAAUCUUAUAGACGACCCAAAAAUCUCACGAGAGGAAUUGAAGCAUUUUGAUGUCAGGAAGCCAUUUGGAAGUUUAGCACAAGACAUGAACUUGAUUGUUGUUGUUGUCAUGCAGUUUUGUAUGGACGAGUUUGACGAAUAUUCGCAGUACACAUUUGAGAAAGGAAUUGAGUCACCGAUCGUUCAGGUUCCUCUAAAUGCCACCGAAUGUGCGAUUAGUGAGCUAUUCAAGCUUCACAGACAAAAGCCGCUGUUUGAAGGCAACUUUUGGGGUCUCAGACUGCACACAAAGGAUCAAUGUGAUGCAAUUUUGAGGACUUUUUUGAACUUUAUUGAUGAUUUUGACACAAAGCACUACCGAGGCUGCAUGAAAGACCACAAAAGUAGAAUUGCUGAAUAUUUGUUGAAAUUUAGAAUCAUGCAUAAUGAUAAGACGAGUGGAAGCAUUAAGCAAGCAGUUAGGGAUGAUUAUAUGAAGAAUAAUAAUGACAAGGAAGGCGAUGCAAAGGUCGUUGACUGCUUAAUUGAGAAAUAUAAUUUGUGA